AUGAGCCGCCCUCCGAACAAGCGACAGCGCUUCGAUGGUCCCUCGGUAGAGGAAGGCGCCUCAUCACACAUCUUCGCCUCGCCCUCUUCCGGCCCAAACCCUCAGUCCGGCUCUGUCUUGCGACCAUGCUCAUACGAAAUUACCCUCAAUUAUGACACCGGGCUCAAGCGCUGUCUGUAUGCUCCACCGCUCUCUUCGCAACACAAAGAGGCAAAGUCGGAGUGGGCAACAAGUCUUGUCAAGUGGACCAGUGCUUCCGGCGAUCAGCAGGUCAUCACUGACCGGUACGAUGCGAUACAUCUAUUGCAAGACCUUCCCCCCAAAGUCCCACUGACAAGCGCAAAAGAAGACGAUGAUGUAGGAUGGUCAGAUCUGGACAGUGACACAGAAGAUCUCUUCUACAUGACUGAUGCGGAGGCAGCCAGCUUCUCUCACACAAAAGCCAAAGCUCGACUGGAAGCUCAUCAUGCAGCUCGACUAGCCAGUUUGCGCUCUCCAACACCUUUGUCUGCACCUACUACACCUCAGAUCGACACCAAAAGACCCUCGAUACCUGGUGCAGAUACGACUGCGAAGAUAGGCCUCAGUAAGAGCCAAUUCGAACUGAUGCAAAAGACAGCUCGAGGCUUGUCAAACUCGACCAACCCAUCGCUGCUAGAGCUUAAGAUCUUGGCCAACCAUGGCGGCGAUGAUCGCUUCGCUUUCCUACAUAGCAGCAUCCGAAGCAAAAAGGGAGAUGAAAUCACUGAUCCAGUAAGGGUGUGGGAGGAGCUGAAGAAAGCAAAAGGCGAGAUGAGCUACGAAGACGUACUUCGACUUCUGCAGCCAUCACGACAAACGAUAUUGCAAGGCAACUCAGGAACAAGACUGGGUCUGGUAGCAUACGAUGACAGCGAUAGCGAAGACGAAUCUGAGCAACAAGCAGGAGCAACUGCGGCGACACCAUUACCAGCCAAUAAAGCAGAUGCAGUAGAAGAGAAUGCUGACAAAGACGCUGAAAAGAAGCGCAAACAAGCCGAACGCCUUGCUCGCGCCAAAGCAUGGCUCAAAACUCGUUCAAAGCAAGCACCAUGA